AUGCAUCACCAUUCCUCUAGGCUCACACCAAAGCUUCACCUAGUCCUUCAAGGCUUCAACACGGUUCAACCCUGUGCUGAAUCCCUCCUUCUCCUCCGGACACUUCGGUCACUCUGUUCCGCGCUCGCACUUUCGUCUUCUAUAACACCACAAUCAAAAGCAUCUUUUUGGCAUCAUGAACACCACAACAUUUGGAUCAAAUCUAGAGACAUCCAAAAGACAUACAAAAAAUGGAGUUUCAUGAUUGCCAAAAUGGCCCCUGGAAUUGGAGGCUUUGGUGGCCUUUUUCCACUUGGGGAUUCGUAUCUUGUAGCUGGUACAGAUGGUGUAGGAACCAAACUUAAGCUGGCAUUCGAGACUGGAAUCCAUGAUUCCAUUGGAAUUGAUUUGGUGGCAAUGAGUGUGAAUGACAUCAUCACAUCUGGAGCAAAGCCUUUAUUCUUCCUUGAUUACUAUGCAACAAGUCGCCUUGAUGUUGAUCUUGCUGAAAAGGUUAUAAAAGGAAUUGUUGAUGGUUGCCAACAAUCUGACUGUGCUCUUUUGGGUGGAGAGACUGCAGAAAUGCCAGAUUUUUAUGCAGAAGGAGAAUAUGAUCUUAGUGGUUUUGCAGUUGGAAUUGUGAAAAAGGAGUCGGUUAUAAAUGGGAAGAAUAUUGAAGUUGGAGAUGUGCUUAUUGGCCUCCCAUCUAGUGGGGUCCACUCAAAUGGGUUCUCACUUGUUCGAAGGGUGCUAGCGAGAAGUGGGCUUUCUUUGAAAGACAAACUCCCGGGUGAAGAAUCAGUCACAUUAGCGGAAGCCUUAAUGGCACCAACUGUAAUAUAUGUAAAACAAGUGCUUGAUAUCAUAAGCAAAGAGGGCAGUAAGGGCAUAAAAGGAAUUGCACACAUAACAGGUGGCGGCUUCACAGAUAACAUCCCUCGUGUUUUCCCAAAAGGGCUUGGUGCUCUUGUUUAUAACAACUCUUGGCCGGUCCCCCCUGUUUUUAAAUGGAUCCAAAAGGCUGGAGGGAUUGAAGAUGGUGAAAUGAAGAGGACUUUUAAUAUGGGAAUUGGGAUGGUUUUGGUUGUUAGCAAAGAGGCUGCUGAAAGGGUACUUAAGGAAGGUGGGAUGGUGUAUCGUAUUGGUGAAGUUAUAAGCGGUGAUGGUGUCAGUUAUCAGUAAUUUUGAUGACUUGCUUCUUGUGACCCGUUGUUACUUUGAGGUAUGAAUUUUACUAACAUAAAUUUGUGGGUUUUGAUCCAUUGCUGUUUUAGUGUUGUACUUUGUCAUUUUGGAGAUGUAAAAUAAAUGUUUUUUGGGGAAUUUUGCCACUUAAGAGAGUCGUUCUUGUGUGUGUAUUGGAGCUGUUUUAAUUUGAGCCUUUGUGUUAUCAUAUAAGAGUUCAAAAAAAGAUUCCAAUUUUUUAUUAUUGUUUUUUAUGAAUAGUUAUUAACCUU